AUGACGGUUAUAACAUCGUCAAAGACGAUGAUGACGAUUGCUGAGGCUUCUACCCUCACAUCAUUUGCAACGGCCACCUUAAAACCGGUACCCUACUCUCAGCGACAGCUGCUGCUCCACGAUCCUCGACAGCCAUACAAACUCCACACCGACAAAGAGAUCCCUGAGCUCAGAUUCGGAGAUUUGUUAGUUGAGGUGUAUGGAAUCGGCUUGAACCAAAUCGACUGGAAUACAACAGAUCUUGGACUUGUCCUCCCAUCACUACCUUGUGUCAAUGGGCGCGAGUUUAUCGGCAGGAUUAUAGCCUCAAACGUCGACCGGAAAUGCAGGCUUCAGCCUGGGGAGUGGGUUCUCGCCGUGUCUACUGACCACCGCGACUUGAGAAAAGCGGCGUUUCAAGAAUAUGCCAUUGUCUCUUGCUACAACGCGAUGCGAAUCCCUAAGCAUGUCGAACCAUUCCAAGUCGCUUCUAUGGGCGUAGCCUACGUCGCCGCAGGUAUCGCCCUCGGAGUCUGCUUGGGCGUUACGUUCACAAAAGGGCCAAAGAAGAGAGAGUUUAACCUGCUAGAGAAUGCCAGAAUGUACCCGGAGGAUGUGCCCGACGAUCUCGCAGAUGAAGUCUUUGAUGCCAUGGCACCUUGCUAUCAAGCGCAGCCCGGGGAAUGGCUCUUGGUCUAUGGAGCGUCGACGAUUACUGGGCAGAUCGCCAUUCAAUUGGCGAAGCUGGGAGGACUGAAGGUGGUGGGCGUCGCCGACCUCAACAAACACAAGCCACUUUUACAGUUGUUGGCAACCGACGUCUUGGUUGACGGCAGCGACCUUGAUCAAGCGAAGCGGGACAUCAAACGGCUGAUUCCAGGCUCUCUCAGAUUCGCCAUCGACGCCGUUGGACCAGAGACCGCAGAGUGGUGUCAGCAAAGCCCGACGAACCCGCCACCCGUUGAUCCGGUUACUCGGGGAGGAGGCAGCAAGCUGAGCCAUCUCGUUGCUCUGAGGGGCAAGCCUGAGACAAUUAAUCCCAACAUCCAGGUGCAUACGGUACCUAUCAGGCUGUUUCACACAAGCCAAUACGUCGGAGGCCAUUUGAGUAAGUGGCUUUAUGAGCUACUGGAUACGAACAAGCUACAACCUCCCGAGGUCGAGUUCGUACCUGGAGGGCUUGCUGCGAUCAAUGGGGCUUUGGAAAGGUUGAAACAGGGUAAAGCGUCAGGCAAGAGGCUUGUGAUCCGAGUCAAGGAGCUAGACGUGAAGAUUGGGCAACUAUCGCAGAUGGAAUAG